GCUGUUCUCACCAUGCUAGUACAUGGGAAGGACGACUUCCUCUCAGACAUAGCCUACAUCAUCCUGGAGCUGAUCAUUGCUGUGCUGGCCAUCCUGGGCAACAUCCUGGUCUGCUGGGCCGUCUAUCUCAACAGCAACUUGCAGAACGUCACCAACUAUUUUGUGGUGUCCCUGGCUGCUGCUGACAUUGCUGUGGGGGUGCUGGCAAUCCCCUUUGCCAUCACCAUCAGCACUGGCUUCUGUGCCUUCUUCUAUGGCUGCCUUUUCAUUGCCUGCUUUGUCCUGGUCUUGACUCAGAGCUCCAUCUUCAGCCUCCUCGCCAUCGCCAUCGACAGAAUCAUUGCCAUCCGAAUACCCCUCAGGUACAAUGGUUUGGUGACUGGCUCUCGAGCCAAAGGCGUCAUUGCCAUCUGCUGGGUGUUGUCCUUCAUCAUCGGCCUGACCCCAAUGCUGGGGUGGCACAAGCGUGCCCAGAUCCAAGAGCCGCAUUCCAACUGGUCCUCUCCCAUCAACUGCAGCAACAGCAUGGUGGCGUGUCUCUUCGAGGCCGUGGUCACCAUGGAGUACAUGGUCUACUACAACUUCUUUGCCUGUGUGCUCCUGCCCCUCCUUCUCAUGUUUGGUAUCUACUUGAAAAUCUUCAUGGCAGCCCGGCGCCAGCUCAAGCAGAUGGAGAACAAGAUGGUACACGGGGAACGUUCCCGCUCCACCUUGCAGAAGGAAGUCCACGCAGCCAAGUCUUUGGCCAUCAUCGUCGGGCUGUUUGCAGUCUGCUGGCUUCCACUGCACAUCAUUAACUGCUUUACCCUUUUUUGCCCAGAUUGUGCCCACGCUCCCCUGUGGCUGAUGUACCUGGCCAUUAUCCUGUCUCACGCCAACUCGGUGGUAAACCCCCUGAUUUAUGCCUACCGCAUCAGGGAGUUCCGCCACACCUUCCGGAAAAUCAUCAGCCAGCACAUCCUGGGCCGCAAGGAGCCGUUCAAGGCGGGAGCCGCCAGCUCCAGGACUUCCACCCACGGGGGGGACGCAGAGAACGCCAGCAUACGGAUCAGUGAGUAUGCACUGGAGGUGUACAGCAACGGAGAGAUCCACAGGGAUCCCGAAAAGCAGGACUUGAACAAAUGCAAAGCUGCCUUGGAAUGGCACCAGAAUGGAAAUGCUCUGGACUUGGAGACAAACGGACAUCUCCCGCAUUCCUGUAAAAAUGGGAUUCUCUCAGACGCAUGCCUGAACAGGGAGCUUCACAGCGAAGAGCUAAUUGAUGCCCAGGUGUCUUACUCAGAUCUGGAAAGAGCAGCCUUUGCUGCAGCUGAUGUUUCCUGAUGAGACUUUCGAAGUUCUCCUGGUAGAAUUAUUUUUUUUUCCAUUGGUCACCUCUGCCAUGGCAGAAAGGGAGGCUGGGGGGCGGGGGGAGAGCAGUGUACUCAGAUCGCUGUGGAGAAAGGGGUCCAUAUCCAGGACUGUUGGAUGAUCCUAAAUACCAGCCUGGAGAAGAGCCAAGAGACCACUGAAGUGGACUAAGGAAGGAGGGACACGUUACCCAUCAAUGACCUGUCACCAAGAGAGGUGCCAAGGUCGAGGAUGGCAUUCCAAGCUGAGCACUGGGAGACUGCUGAUGCAGGGAUUUCAGGACAUUUUGCUGUACUGUGCCUGUGGUUGAGAGUUGGUUUCGCUGUCUUUACCAAUGGAAAUAGAAGCUUGGCUGGAAGUAUUCCCUGAAUAACAAAGAGCAGCUGGGAAGGGCCUCUGAGUACUGUGGCCCUGCAACAAGCAGAAGGGGGGAUAGCAAAAUCUGUUGUCAGGAAGGAUGCCAGGAACUGCUUGGAGAGGGAAGGAAUUUACCUGAUUGGAACUCUGGAUACUUUCAACCACGGCACUUUGUCUUUCAGUUUGUGUUCUUGAAGCUUAUACUGCAACAGGUUGCUCAAAUGGUUUUUUUCCACAUGAUGAUAAGGUUACUUUAUGUUAACUUAUAAAAGAUGGGCAAGAGCUCAUAUCUUUUCCCUGAGUGCUCAGUGUUCCAGAUGCACAGGGCAAAUAUAACCUCUUAGCACUCAUCUUUGUCCAACAAAUCACCAAAGCUGAGCCUUGCCAAGGAUUUCCCUUGGCAAAAGGGCUGUUGGCAGGACGUGGUGCUGCAGGCUGUGUCCUCAGGGCAGGGCUGUCAAGGGCUGUGGCUGUGUGAGCUCUUUGUAGAGCUCUCCCCCUGCCUCUGUGCUUCUCCUCCUGAGCUCCUAGAAUGCAAAUUCUUUCCAUGGCCCCAGAUGUGUGUGAGGGGAGGUAAUAUUCCAUAUUUCAGUCAUCUUCAUCCUCACUCAACAGGCUGAGGGACUUUUUUUUACUUCUUUCUUGGGAUAGAGAGCGACCCACACACAUACCUUGACCUAAUUUUGGAAUUCCAAUGAGCUCUAUUUAAAAAACCUUUUCUCCUGUGAUUUCAGUUUUUUUUCCUGUGAAGCCUGAUGUGUCCCUGUGGUGCAGAGCCCAACAGAAGAAGCUCUGGGCUCUGUCUGGUUAGAAGAUGCUCCUGCUCUGAGAAGCUGAAAGGUGUCAGUGGUAUUGGAACUCAGCUUAGAAACUGCAGUUUCUACUUCUGUAGAAGAGAACAGGCAAAUUUGUGCUGCAGCAAGUGUACACGUUGCUGUGGUUUGUUGCAGAGGUGUUUCACUGCAGUUUGGUAAUUUUCUGGAAGGAAAAUUAAGGAAGUCUGGCAGCUCAAGAACAGCAGAAAACCACAUCAGCUUGAAUUCUACCUGAAGAUUGCCUGGGUUGUGUUUUUCAGACAAAUAAUCCAUGUCCAGUACUACCAGCCUUCUGGAGAGACAGGCAGUAGUCCCAGGUCCUACUGGGAAGUGAAAAGUCUGGUAAUUCCAGGAAUCUGAAGCUUAUUCCCUAGCUGAAAACAUCAGAAAUAUCCUCCCUCAAUCUAGUUCCUCCUCGUGUCUGUCCACGAACAUUUCAGAAGUUAAGGGGGAUUUUCAUACUUGAGGAAGAGCAGGUUAGGUCUGUGUGUUCUUAUUCCAUGUUUAUUUUAUAUAUUGUGAACUAUUAAAAUGAAAAAUCAGUUUUAUUUUGAGGAGAAUUUUCUUUUUGCCAGUUUCCCUACACACGUGGGGAGAAGUUUGUGAUGCUGAAUGUGUUUGAGCAUGUAGCUGCUGUGGGCUAGCACAAAGCUUACUGUGAGAUGGAUAAAAUGAUGUGGCUGCCACCACAGUCCUUACAGAAAGACAGGCCAGUUGUAAAACAAUAGGCUUGGUGGUUUAAUUGAACUGCUGCUUUCUUGGCAGGGCUCUUGCCCGUGGUCUGACGUCAGAGGAGAGGAUUAUCCCUGCAGCAGCUGAAGGAACUCUGAGCCAUUCCCUGUCACUGACGUCACAGGCAGCUCCUCCACAGGGUGACUCGGGAUCUCGUUCCUCCUGGUCCUUCUUGGUGGAAUAUUUCUGGAGGUUCUUUGUGUGAUGGCUUCUCUGACCUCCUGUAACAGUGGCAGAGAAACUCAGGAAAAUGGGGGGCUGUUCUCUUCAGGCCUCAGCUGGGAGCUGAAAUGUUUCUAAGAAUAACACAAGAUUACAUCCGGCACUCAUGCCAAUAACAAUUAGGUCCACAAAGACCCAGAGCAGGGAAGGAAGUGUGGGAAAAUACCAGCAUUGCUCAUGUGCUGGAACACACACAAGUGCAGAAGUGUUGCCUGCUGAGCUUUAGCUGCCAUUGGUGAAGGGAUGGUUUGCACUGUAUUGGAUCAGACUUUCAACAGUUGGUGUGGAUUGGUUGCUUUCUAUAUUUCCUGAGCAUCUCUACACCUACUUGUGGCUGUUUCUUGCUUGGUUGCCCCAAGAAUCAAGUUGAUCUAUGUUGAUGGACAAGCUUAGGAUUGCUUUGCUUCCCAGAUUGCUUUUCUGCCCAACCAGAUCACCACGUGAGCUUAGUGACUUUCCACAUGUCUUGAAUUUUGUGUUGCUGCUUGAGCUGCCCCCAAGUGUAUCCAGUCCCUUUCAAUAUUAGUGAUCAGGACUUGAAGUGAAAAGGGUGUGUGAAGGGGUGAGCUGUGUGCAGGAGGAAGGGCAGGGUAUGGAGAGGGUGGUUUGUGGAGCUCUCUGCAGUCACAGGAAGGAAGGGAUGGCAGCUGCACCACAGGCUGGGCCUUCUGGCAAACACAUGGCUGAGAUGGACCCUCAGAGGACGUUUCUGAAGCAGUUGUGGGGAGAGCAGGAGCCUUUUGAACAGAAUUUUGGACUUCAUAUUUCUUGUUUCCUCGGGAUCAUAAUUUCAGGGCUUCCUGCUUUUUUGUUUGUUUGCCAUUAAAA